AUGGGUGGCGGGCAAUCUACUCAAGCAAGAAGUUACUCCAGCGAACCCCUAUAUGAUCGACCGAGCAAGCGAGUCAAGCCAUCCGGGCCUGAACUAUCCAACACGAAUUUGUCCCGCUUCUUCCCUCCCCCGAGUUCUAUCCACCAGCCGCUAGAAGCAAUCGAAGACGAAGAAACGCAAAGCUCGCCGCAAAAGUAUCACGAUUUGACCCGAGAAGACUCUAUGGUCGAAACUAUCGAUGGCUCAAGCAUCAUCAGUUUCGGUAGGACUGCAGGAGCUACGAGCAACCAGCAAGAGUACCGCAAUGUUCACCGUCACAACAGCGUGAAACGUCCCCGACGGCGGCGCAGACAGGAAUCCAAAAUAUCCUCAUCACCUAUCGAAAUUGAUGAUACGAGUGCCGUUGCGCACCGAAACCUUGCUCCUCAAACUUCACACCCCCCUACAAGCCCAGACCAAUUAGCUGGGGAAAAUGAGGAUGGUCCGCCACCCGCCAACGUCACGUCUGAUGUCGUUUCUCAUCCAAAGCGGCCAGCAACAGAAUAUAAUCAGAGCGCGCCAAAGCGGUUCAAGGUGCACUCGCAGCAGUCUGAUGAUGAGCUUACGCCUAGAGCUCCCGGGCCCCGUGAGACAGCCAAGAAACCUAGCUUCCCGAAGCUAAUUUCACAACCGCGAAUCCAACGGGGUGACAUACAGUCUACCACAUUCAAAGCAACAAAAGCCAUGCCGGGGCGCGAAAACCUGGCUAACAAGGCAUUACCGUCGAAAGAGGUUCCCUUAGAGGCUGCAGUCUGUGGGAAGUACUCAUUCUCUCCAGCAGACAGUAUUGAGCCAGUCACCCUUCGACUUGGUCCCCACGCUGCUGAGCCCAUGCAUGAGAAUAUCGGAGAUCUCUCCUGGCUUCAAAUUUCGCGGUCUUCAAUCCAAGAUGUCAAACACAGUAACACCAAUAGCCCCAUUGUCCUCAUAGGUCGCUCAGCCAGAGCAUCUUUUUCCUGCGGUAAACUCGCACUGAAGUUUCUGACCGAUGCAGACGCCUCAUUCUUCAUCCACUGGUUGCAAGGCUUGCCAUGCCUCUCUGAGUGCAGCACAAGCAAGCUGGAUGCAACAUUUCAUUGCGCAAAGAAAGAGGCCGACGGUUACAGGACAAACUCAGCGAAGGCAUCUGGUAUAUUCUUACCGUAUGAAAGUCAUAGAGCCCACGGUUUCAGAUCCCAGCAGCACCACAGAGAUCCUUUCUUAGGUGAUCCUGUCUCGCCUGGCCUUCCUGUUUCGAAACAAAAGAAGCUCAGGGAUGGGAUGCAAAGCAUCCUUGAGCCAAACGAUGUUGUGCAAAUGGAACCACCCGUCACCGAUGAUGUGUUUACAGGGUUGGCUCGCAACCAAAGGCUCGGGACUCGGCAAUCAACCAGGGAAUCUCCGCAAUCUCAACAUGGAAGAACCCCGAAACCAUGGACGGCUUGCAAUCCUGGUUGGGAGAAAAAAUGGCACAGAUCUUUGGUGUGGCCUCCAACAGGAAAGAACCGGGCAACAGUCGAUAAAGAUGAUAUUCAACGGCUGGAUGAAGGCGAAUUUCUCAACGACAAUAUUAUCAGCUUUUAUCUUCGCUAUCUACAAGCCCAGCUUGAGAAAGAGCGGCCAGAGGUCCUCAAGAAGGUGUACAUUUUUAGUACAUUUUUCUUCGAGAAGCUCAGGUCAAAUCGCGGCAAGAUCAACUAUGAUGGGGUCAAAGCCUGGACUGCCCGCGUCGAACUGCUGUCAUACGAGUUCAUUGUUGUUCCCGUUAACGAAAACGCGCACUGGUACCUGGCCAUCAUAUACAAUGCACCUCGGCUUCUGCAACAAGAGGUGAAAGCGGAACCAAGCAUCGAGAAGGAGUCUUGGAAUACACAAGAUGCAAUAAUUGUUGAGGAUAAUGACGCAGUAAUGAAUCGUGCGGAGAGUCUUCCUGCUGCAACAAAGCCUCCCAUUGUGUCUAUAGAUGUGGAAGUUGCCCGCUCAACCAGAAGCCGGGCGAUUAAUGACAGCAACCAUUUUCUAAUUGAUGACAAGCAUACGCCGAGCAUAGUGACUCCUGGCAGAACAAGCAAACGACAGUCAACUGGAGGAAACCAGAAGUUCAGCCUUGACGAUUCAAAAAUCAUUACACUCGACUCGCUAGGCUCAUCGCAUGCACCAACCUGCAGGUGUCUAAAGGACUAUCUCUUUGAGGAAGCAAGGCACAAGAAGGGCCUCGAGAUCAAUAGUCUACCCAGCGGCAUGACUGCUCGAGGCAUUCCGAUGCAAGACAAUUUCUGCGACUGUGGUGUGUACGUCCUGGGUUACAUGGAAAAUUUCCUGAAGGACCCAGAUGAGGCUGUUCGAAGACUCCUUCACAAAGAAGACACCGAAUGGAAAAUCAACGCCCCUGAGAUCCGUGCCAAGGUGAGGGAUCUUCUCUUCGAAUGUCAAGAGAAGCAGCAUGAGCGUCUAGAAAAAGAAAAGGAGAUAAAGAGACAGCGGAGGGCAACAAGGGGUCCCGUCUCCUCACCACAGAUACCUGCCUCUUCACCACAGGUGCCCCGAAGAGAACCAGAGACACCACAAGUUAGCCGUUAUCUAACGAACCCGUCAGUAAACGGCGCCAGUGGCUCGCCCAUUGAGGCGGAUAGACAAACAGGGACCACUUCUUCAUAUUUUGCAGUCGCUUCUGCCGAGAGGCCAGGCCAGUCCCCAACGUCCAAAAGAAUUGAUGAGCCACCCCUCGUCCAACCUCUCAGAGAGGACUCGGGCAAUGAGUCUAAGGCCUCUAGCUCAGGAGAUGUGUAUCAUUCGGCUCGAUCAUCGCCUAUCAACAGCGUACCACCUGUCCCUCCUGGGUUGACCACAGAAGUCUUGCGCGACGAGCGGCCGCUUAAGCAGCCUUCAACUCCUGAAUUCGUACACAAGUUACCUGACUCACCUGAUGACAUGGCCCCAACAGCCACUUCAUCUACUGUGAAGAGGGCUAGUUCGCCGCUGCUCUCUCUAGUAACAAGACAGCAUCCCUCGCCAGGAUCUCAAGGCAGCCAGCGAGCUGUUCUGCUCGAACAGACUGUUGUGAGAAGCAUAGAGGACGACAUGUCACCUCCAAAAGGGCCACAAUAUGACGGAGUUGAUCAGUCUAUCGACUUGACAGUAUAA